CGACCAAAUCGAUCGCGCCAGAGUGUUCCAAGACAGUCUCUCCACGGUCCACCUCACAAGGCCGAGACCGCAAAGUGACCGCAUCCGGUCCAUUGAAUGACUACAGUCCGGACUUCACUCGAAGAACCUUGCUGCUACUUUCUCACUUGCCCUUGCCCUUGCCCUGGCCCUUGCUUUUAAACCAUUCUUCUCUUGCUUAACCAACUUCUUCCUCGUCACCACCGCUUCGCACAUCACCACUUUCGUGUCGCAAUACCCCCACUGCCUCCACUCUCCGACAGCCUGGCCACAACCACACACUCUGAUCGCUACGGCGAAUCGCUAACAUGGCGGACCGCGUGCUCAUGAACGAGUACAAGGAACUCAGCAAGCAGACAUGGACCAACAUCGAGCUUGUCAACGAGAACAUCUACCAGUGGUCCGUGGCACUCAUCGUCCUCAACCCGGACUCCCUCUACUACGGCGGCUACUACAAGGCCAAGAUGAACUUCCCCAAGAACUACCCCUACGAACCUCCGACAUUCCAAUUCGACCGUCCGCUCUGGCAUCCGAACAUCUACACCGACGGCAAGCUGUGCAUCUCCAUCCUCCACCAGCCAGGAGAGGAUCUGAUGAGCGGAGAGAUGGCGGGCGAGCGGUGGAGUCCAGUACAGAGAGUCGAGAGCGUACUCAUCUCCAUUCUCAGCCUGCUCGAUGACGCUGAGUGCUCGAGUCCGGCAAACGUAGACGCAGGUGUGCAGCUUCGGAAGGAUGCAGCAGGUUACAAGAAGCGUGUAGAAGAAGACCGCGAGAAGAGUAAGCAGGACAUUCCGGCCGGCUUCGAGAUGCCAACACACGAGAGUGCAUUCAAGAAGGAGGAGAAAGUCGACACUUUCAGCUGGAGCGACAGCGAAGCCGAGGAUGACUUCGACAGCGGUGAUGAUGACGAGGAAAUGUUCGAUGAGGAUGAGGGCACGGAUGAGGAGGAUGAUGAAGAGUGAUUGCUGUGAGGAUGGACGGUGAAGAAGACUCGCUGUGAAUGCGAGGAUGGGAAUGGCUUUUCAACAUUGAUACGACUUACUACGACACGACUGCUGUUGGCCCUCCAGCUUUUGGCCUGACUUCAGCGAGGAGUUACGGCUUGCUUUUAUGGGCUGGGGCAUUUUUGGCAUUUAGCUUGCAUGAUAGAGGCAGGCGGUUCGCUGCUUUAGGGACGCACGGCGCACACAUAUGGCUUGCGGGAUGUGAAUAGAGGAUGAUAUACCAGGCAAUUCACCACCAACCUGUGCGAAAUGCGCGUGGGAACUG